AUGCGCCAUGUCGAUGCAUACCUCUCGCCUCAAGACAUUCUCAAUCUGAUGCGAACGAGUCGGGCUGUGCAACGUCAAUUUUACAAUUUCACACAGGAAGAAUUUGACCGUCUCACCUCGCGCUUCUUCGGAUUGGCCAUGACUAUGGAUGCCUGGUGCCAGCAGUCACCCCUCCAAAAACAACUCAGUCGCUCGCAACGACUCAAGAAGUUACUUUGCGUUUUUGUUGAAGUUGAAGCGCAAGCGGCCAUUCUUGUCGCUGUUCGGCCACGCAGGCUCGAUGCAAGAGGACUCUUUGUACGACGCACAGUUCUUGGCGAAGUCUACUGCUAUGCACUGAUGGAUGAACUGGCUGCCAAGCUUCUUAGUAGCUCGAGCUUUGACGCCAAUCGUCUACAUCAACGCAUGCAGCGCCGGCGUAUCAGUGAUCAACAAACACGAGCAAGAGAUUGA